UUCUGAGAAGAGUGUAGGUGGAAAUGGCAGAGCCGAUAGGAACAAAAUCUUCUCCUCAAUCUUCUUUUCAAGAUCCGAAUUCGGAUCGUGCCACGAUUCCAAAGAAUGCCGAGGAGAAGAAGGAAGUUGAAUCUUUAGAGAAGGAGCUCGCCGACUUGUUCGGCUAUUAUAAGGAAUUCAUGGCUGAAAAAGUGGAGGUCGACCUGAGCAGCCAGUGGAGUGGUUCAAGAGACUACGUGGAAGACCUCGUCGCGUUUAUGCUAAACGAGAGUAACCUUCCGCUCUCGAAGCUGGUCGACGAGAUCUACGACCGAUUAAACCGGGAGGUCCAUAACGGCACAAUCGUGGUGACGAAGCGGGUGACCUACGCGAGUGUGAGGGCUAUGGUCGUGAAUGAGGGAAUGAGAACGAGUUUUGGACUGCCUAAGGCCGGUGCUGAUGUAUGGGAGGACACCACGGAGUCGUGUCUUUGGUGUUGGGAGGCGAUAUUUUCGGAAAUGUUGUAUAGGUUGCCGGAAUCUGUCCAAACACAUAUUAGUAAUCGACGCAUGUGCCGCUCGAGGAUCAAGGAUAGGAUUGCCGCGGUAUCUGAAAUGAUGGAAGCUAAGAAAAGAUUAAAGAAUGCAUGGAUAAAGCUUGGAACUGUGGAUAUGCAUUAUUGGGAGGAUGAUGUUAUUAGUGAUGAGAAGUAUGAGAAGCUACAGAUGGAGGGAUCGACAAAUUCAAGAGAGUUCGAAAAUGAGUUAAAAGAAGAGGCACAGAGAAGAACAAAAGGCAUUUGCGGGUGAAUGUAGUUCUGAAUUAGUAACAACUUAGUUAUGAUUUCCGAUUUAUCUAGGUACAAUGUUAUUUUAUGAUCGAUUAAGCAGAUUUUAUUUUUGUAAUAGUUGAUAUUUUAUUUUCAGAUUUUAUUUUAUUAAAAAAAAAUCUAAAA